GGUGACAUCAGCAUAUCAACGUACCACUGCCCCUCCUGCUGGAUAUAAAGAAAUGAUGACACAGCCGAUAAACUGGCACCCAGAGAGACCCAGACCUGAGAAGCACAACCACUUUAUAGAUCAGACAAAGUCCUACACCUGUUUGCCUCAGCUGACUCUUACUGGGACGCAGUGAAGCAACCAUUGAAGUUUGGUUCUGCAGGUCAACAUGUUUCGAAACGGUGGAGCUAAAAUGAGGGUGUGUGUGAUGCUGUUUGUUGUCUUGCUGUUGCUGAAUGGAGCUCUGAGUGAAUCUCAGAGAGAUGACUCGGUCAUUAUUAGAGAUCCAGACAUCAGUGCCUCCUGGUACACAGGCAGGGGGAUCAGACCUCUUGGGAGAUUUGGCCGAAAAGCUGCAAGAAGAAAUGAACUUCUGGCUUUCAUCACAGCCAGAGUUUAUAGACCAACAGCUGACAGCGGCGUUUGGAUCACACAAUGAGAACACUGUGGAUCGUUGAAUAGAUGCUAUGCUGUCAUUUUUUUAGGUUAAGUAAUGGAUUUGGUCUUAGAUUUAGGAGUUUUCUAACAUUACAUUCAGUUAUUUUCUGUAAAUUCUAUAUAAAU